AGACCAGUGGCAUGAUAGUGUUGGAGUCGUCGCGGUGGGCGGUGAUAUUUAUGUGAAAUUCAGGAUGGAUUUCUUUUUGUUUUGCUUAGCCUUCCUUACAUUUUCGAACUUUUCCACGUUGCAUGCCUUACCUCCAAAUAUCGUGUUUAUCCUAGCGGAUGAUUAUGGAUUUCAUGACAUAGGCUACCACAAUAACGACAUCAUAAAAACACCAAAUUUGGACGCGCUCGCCAGUGCUGGAGUCAAGCUCGAAAAUUAUUACGUGCAACCGAUCUGCACACCAACGAGAAGUCAGCUUAUGAGUGGCAAAUAUCAGAUUCACACCGGUCUGCAGCAUGGCAUCAUCUGGCCCCCUCAACCCAACUGUCUUCCUCUUGGUGACCCCACCCUGGCAGACAAACUCACCCAGGCGGGAUACGAUUCACAUAUCACAGGGAAAUGGCAUCUAGGUUUUUACAAGAAGGCUUGCUGGCCGACUAAUCGAGGUUUCAAAUCUUUCCUAGGUUAUCUUGCCGGUAGUGAGGACUACGUCACACACAGCCGUGGUUAUGUCUUCAACAGUGAACAUUGGCAUGGUCUUGACUUCAGGGAUGAUCUGGAGCCGGCUUCAAACUACAGCAGCAUCUACUCCACCCACGUCUUUGCGCAACGUGCACAGCAGGUCAUAGAGCAACAUGACAAACAGAAGCCUCUGUUUUUGUACGUGCCUUUCCAAGCUGUUCAUGGCCCCUUGGAGGUUCCGGAUAGUUACAGGGAGCCCUACAUGUUCAUCGCAGACAAGAACCGCCAGAUCUACGCUGGAAUGACAACAUGCAUGGACGAGGCAGUGGGAAACAUCACGGAUACUCUGAAGAAAGAAGGCUUGUGGAGUAACACGGUUUUCAUUUUCUCCACAGAUAAUGGUGGUCAGAUCCUUGAUGGGGGAAACAACUGGCCCUUGCGUGGCUGGAAGGGAUCACUCUGGGAAGGUGGUACCCAUGGCGUAGGCUUUGUAACCAGUCCCUUACUGCCUGCUGAAGUUCAGGGCACGGUCAACAGGGAGCUUAUUCAUGUGAGUGACUGGUAUCCAACUCUAGUUGAAGGCAUAGCUGGCUGGAACCUUAAUGGAACCAAACUAGAUGGCUACAACGUGUGGGACACAAUCAGCCAAGGUGUGCCUUCACCCAGAAUCGAGCUCCUUCACAACAUCGACCCAGAGGGAGCCCCGCCCUUGCAAGACGGUCGCCUAGCCCCACCGUCUAUGACCAGCCCUUCCUCAAACUAUGAUACCUCGACCUGUAACUUCACAUUUCCCUCAGCGUUCAACGUUUCCAUACGGGCAGCCAUACGAUAUAAAGACUGGAAACUCAUCACCGGAAACCCAGGUGUAGGCAGCUGGAUCCCCCCUCCCGAAUCGGGACUGGAACCUGUUGUACCUAUUGUACCCAAGGGCAAGUGCGUUUGGCUCUUCAACAUCGCGGACGACCCCUACGAGGUAUUCGACCUCUCCGACGAGCAAGGCGAUGUUCUUCAGUUCCUUCUAGACCGACUUUACGCCUACCAGAAGGGUGCGGUCCCGGUCAACUACCCAGACCCCGACUCAAGGGCGAACCCAGCGCUACACAACAAUACUUGGGACAGCUGGGAGUAACCUGUCAAGACCCUUAUUCCUUUUUUUAUCACAAAGUACAACAGCUCAUUUUUUUUUUUUUUUUUUUUUUAGUUGGGGGGGGGGGGGGGUUUAAAUCUGGUAAUGAUUUCUAAUUUGCAUCAAGUUUCAGUGCUUCAGCAUAACAUUCCUGACUUGCCUGUUAUUUGCCCAUACUCAAAAACUAAGGAGCACUAAUUUUUAUUUUUUUCCUGUGAGGGGGGGGGGGGGGGGGGUUAUUAAUUUUUUUUUUUUUACAUUUCCCAAAUUUCAGAAUACUGUGCCCCCUUUUACAAAAUUAUGGAUCCGCCUGUGGCCAACAGCACAGCACAUUUAAAACAAAUGUGCUGCACUUUGCCCCCCCCCCCCCCCUCAAACUCCCCCCUGAAAGUAUCUGAAAUAUUACUUGUUUGAUUUGAUCUCUAUUUUUUUAUAUCAUGAAUGCUUGCUAAAGGUUGGAUUAAUAUUUAAGUACCUUGCCUAGUUUCCUGUAAAGUACAUGUCUUUUCUGGUGAUAGUGGGUACACUUGGCUGAAAACAAAGCGCGAAAUGCACUUUGCAAUUAUACUCUGAAAUGCAGUGAUUCAUAAGAACAUAUUUUGUAUGCCGAAUUCCUCCAUCAUAAAAUUUCAGUGCAAGGAUUGGCUUGCGUGACAUGAAAUACUUCCACCAUGAAGAAAAAAUGGAUAUUGCAUGACUUAAUUCUUGGUAUAUCCUGGAUAUACCCUUAUGAAGCUAUUGACAGGCCUAUCACGAUAUGGAUAUCAUCACCACAGCCACUGUGGCAAAUGUUUUGUGUAUUUUUUUUCUUUCUUUUGGUCAAAGUUGUGAGUUGAUAUUUACUUUCAGUUGUAUUUCUUUAUAGUUAACAUUUUUCAGUUUAUCAUUUUGUAUUAGCAAUAAGAAUCAAAUAUACGAUGCACUAUUUUUCUUGAGGAACUGCUAAAAUGAUGGAUCUUCCGUGAUUGCCAGUGACUAUUUUGCACGCACCACAGAGAAUCCAUAAUUUGAACAGCAGCCUCUCAGUGCAUGUAAUGUUUGAUUAAAGUUAAGAAGGUGUGUAUAUAUAUAUAGAGAGAGAGAGAGAGAGAGAGAGAGAGAGGGAGAGGGAG